AUAAAUACAAAUCAAAGAUCAAAUAGGUUUCUCUAAGAAAAAGACCGCGUGAUAUGAUAUUAAUUACUAUUAAUUAUGAAUGGUCAAUACUUUUUUUAUUUUUCUUUUUUAACAAUAACAUUUUUUUUGAGGGAAAACAUUAGUAGGAGUUUAUUUAUUUUUAUUUUUUUCAACAAUGACGUAAUGUAAGUAAAAUUAUGUAAAUCAACCAAAAAUAAUUAUUUUUUCCAAAGAAUUAAACUUAAUGUGACGAUUGUAUGAAUUACAACCAUAAGAUAAUUUUGAUUACUUGAAAAGGGGGGGUGAUAGUUAUUUUUAGUAAACAUCAUUUACCCAUUAUGAAUUUGCAAGAAUUCAUCCAACAAUAGUUAUUUGCCUCAAAAUUCAAGGAGCAUGAGAGAGUUAACAUAAUUUGCGGCAAGAAAAUUGCGUAAGUAUUGGGUGUCUAAAAAAACCAACCAGUUUUUUCUACCUCCAUAUUAACAUCAUUUAACUUCUAAGGGGUGCCUUGCCUAAUUGCCAUCAAUGGGGAAGAUUUUUCCUUCCUUAGUUCGGCCUUUAGGCUGUUGUUUAUCCCUCCUCAUUUUAUCUUCCUUAUUGUCUUCUCCCUCAUAUGCACUAACAGACGAGGAGGCUGCAUUCCUCACUCGUCGCCAACUCCGCAUCCUCGCCGAAAAUGGGCACGACCUUCCUGAUGAUUAUGACCAAAAAGUAAAUGUCCCGUUCACAUUCCCAAAUUCAAGGCUCCGAAAAGCCUACAUUGCUCUCCAAGCAUGGAAGUCGGCCAUCUACUCAGACCCAAACCACGUCACAAGAAAUUGGAAUGGUCCGAAUGUAUGUGACUACAAGGGUGUGUUUUGUUCUCCGGCUCUUGAUGACGAGAAGAUAACUGUGGUUUCUGGCAUUGACCUUAAUCACGAGGACAUAGCGGGUUAUCUCCCCGUAGAGUUAGGCCUCCUUACGGACCUAGCCCUUUUCCACAUCAACUCUAAUAGGUUUUGUGGGAUUAUUCCAAAGAGCUUCUCGAACCUUCAACUUCUAUUCGAGCUUGAUGUAAGUAAUAACCGUUUUGUAGGAGUUUUCCCGGAGGUUGUGCUUGAAUUAAAGACACUCAAGUAUCUUGAUCUUCGAUUCAAUAAUUUUGAGGGUUGUUUACCUCCGGAGGUCUUUAAUAGGCCUUUCGACGCAUUGUUGCUCAACGAUAAUAGGUUCAGGUGUGCCAUCCCGGAGACCAUUGGUAACUCAACAGUCUCUCUUAUGGUAUUAGCAAACAACAAGUUUACUGGAUGUAUCCCCAAAACUAUAGGUAACAUGGCAGGUAAGUUGAAUCAAAUUAUUUUCCGAGGAAAUAAACUAAGUGGGUGCAUGCCAGCUGAGAUUGGGUUGCUUCAUAAUGUGUCCGUACUAGAUUUAUCUAAGAAUGAGUUUGUUGGUCCUAUUCCAACAUGUUUCUCUAGCCUUGCGAGUAUGGAAUCUUUUGACUUGUCAGGCAAUAAAUUUACUGGAUUUGUUGCUGAUGAUAUUUGCAAGUUGCCCCUUUUGGAACAAUUUUUGUUUUCCAGCAACUAUUUUAAGGGCGAGGGUAAGAGUUGUGAUCCAUCUCUAAGAAAAAAUGUUGAUUUUGAAGACAAGAAGAAUUGUUUGCCUAGUAGGCCUAAUCAAAGAUCCCCUAAAGAAUGUUUCCAAAUGGAGUCAAACACAGUUGAUUGUGAAAAGUUUAAUUGUGGUGGGCAGCCUACUCCAGGUAAAGGCAGCGGUGGUGGCGGAGGUCAUGGAGGAGAACAACCUAAGCCUCCUACACCUGAGCAUAACGAUCAUCAUGAAGAUCACCCCAAAGCACCAACACCGACUCCUAAAGAUGAUGGUCACAAAAGAUCACCAGUUAGACCAUCUACACCACCUGAACCGUUUGAACAAACACCAAUGGCACCUGCUCCGGCACCAGAUGAUCAUAAAAGAUCGCCUGUUAGACCAUCCACACCUAUACCUACACCUACACCAGAGAAUGGUCACGAAGAGUCUCCACCCCCUACCCCAGUGUACUCACCACCUCCAACACCUGUAUAUUCCCCUCCACCGCCUGUUUACUCACCACCUCCAACACCUGUAUAUUCUCCUCCACCGCCAGUUUUCUCACCACCCCCACCCCCACCACCGGUUCACUCACCUCCACCACCAGUUCACUCGCCUCCACCACCAUCACCACCACCAGUUCACUCUCCGCCACCACCCACACCAUCUCCUCCACCACCUGUUCAUUCUCCACCACCACCGCCUAUCCAUUCACCUCCUCCACCAUCUCCAAUUUACUCUCCCCCACCACCACCAGUAAAAGCACCACCUCCACCAGCUCCCAAGCCAUCACCUCCCCCACCUGUUUUCUCACCUCCACCAUCUCCUAAGCCUUCACCCCCACCACCACCAGUAAAAUCACCACCUCCACCAUCUCCUAAGCCUUCACCCCCACCACCCGUUUUCUCUCCUCCACCACCUGUUCAAUCGCCUCCUCCACCGCCUCCAACUCCAUCUCCAUCCCUACCCCCACCUUAUCCUGAUGUUAACCUUCCACCAAACAUAGGCUUCCAAUAUUCAUCACCUCCUCCACCCAUGUUCCCAGGAUAUUAAUCAAUUAGUGUUCAUUACAGCUAAUUAAAUUUUUUUUUUCAUCAGAGUUAUUAAAGUUAUAGCCACUCAUUUUCUUGUAUCAUUAAUAGAAAAACGAAGAUGAUGAUGUUCAUUCAGCAAGAUACUUGUACUAUUAAUGUUUAUGUAGUUAAUACUUUGUAUUGCCAAUUAUUUUUAACUACAUUUUAAUACUGAUAAUGUCUAUUUUGUAAACAUAUAUUUACUCAUGUUUGAGUACUUAAUAGAGUAUAUAAAUAGGUGCCAAGUGAAAACACUUCUUUCAUACAAAGUUACAAAUCAUACAAUUUUUUUACAACAUUGUAACAAUAGAACCAUGCAUUUCUUUCCUUCUUACAUGUACAAAUUUUUUUACAUGGGUGUG